AUGCGGGCAGGGACCAAGGUGAAUCCAAAACCGGCUGCGGACUUCGGCUACGUGGGGAUAGACGCCAUCCUGGAGCAGAUGAGACGGAAAGCCAUGAAGCAGGGGUUCGAGUUCAACAUCAUGGUCGUGGGUCAGAGCGGCUUGGGGAAAUCUACGUUAAUCAACACCCUCUUCAAAUCCAAAAUCAGCCGGAAAUCUGUACAGCCGACUUCCGAAGAGCGGAUCCCCAAGACCAUUGAAAUCAAAUCCAUCACUCACGAGAUUGAAGAGAAGGGGGUUCGCAUGAAGCUGACGGUCAUCGACACCCCGGGCUUUGGAGACCACAUCAACAACGAGAACUGCUGGCAGCCCAUCAUGAAGUUCAUCAACGACCAGUACGAGAAGUACCUGCAGGAGGAGAUCAACAUUAACCGGAAGAAGCGGAUCCCCGACACGCGGGGGCACUGCUGUAUAUACUUCAUCCCAGCCACUGGCCACUCGCUCCGACCGCUGGACAUCGAGUUCAUGAAACGCCUGAGCAAAGUGGUCAACAUCGUCCCCGUGAUUGCAAAAGCCGACACGUCCUCCGGCCGCGGCUCCGCGCGAUCCCACAUAAUGGCUGAUCUUCUUGCCAACGGGAUCGAUGUGUAUCCUCAGAAGGAGUUUGAUGAAGACUCUGAAGAUCGGCUAGUGAAUGAGAAAUUCAGGGAAAUGAUCCCAUUUGCGGUGGUGGGCAGUGACCAGGAGUACCAGGUUAAUGGAAGAAGAAUCCUUGGAAGGAAGACCAAGUGGGGCACCAUUGAAGUGGAGAACACGACACACUGUGAGUUCGCCUACCUGCGGGACCUCCUCAUCAGCUGCACUGGUGCUACCAACACUGGCGAUUUCAGAUUUGCGGGGGAGAAAAGUCGGGUUGAACUUCUGCACCCGCUGAAGCUCGCCGGCAGCUUCGGACAAGGCAGCGAGACGCGCGUGUGCUCCCCUCUGCUCAGCAGCAAGGUGUGA